CAAGUAACAGCGACACCAGUUCAAGGAACGAAAGAGUGGCAUCAAUCAGUUACUCCGGAUCUCAGGAAUCAUCUCGUGCACAAACUGGUACAAGCAAUAUUUCCGACUCCCGAUCCGCAAGCUAUGCUUGACAAACGAAUGCACAAUUUGGUCGCGUACGCGAGAAAGGUCGAAGGCGAUAUGUACGAAAUGGCCAACUCGAGAUCGGAAUAUUAUCAUCUGUUAGCCGAGAAGAUUUAUAAGAUCCAGAAGGAACUUGAGGAAAAACGGCAGAAGCGGAAGGAACAGCAACAGCAGCAGCAGCAACAAUUGCAGGCGCAACAGCAGCAGCAGCAGCCUCAACCCGCGGGCACAUCCGGCCCUGGCUUGAGGCCAUGCGCUCCUCCCAGCGUAGGAACUGUUCUACCCGCGAAACCAGUCGGUACGGUGCCACCUACCGUGCGAAGUCACUCACCAGGCAUGGGCCAACUGGCGGCGCUACCUGGAAUGGCGAUCCAACACAAUCGAAUGCAAUUCCCGCAACAGGCGCAACAGCAACAACAGCAGCCGCAACAACAGGUUCAGGCUCAACAACAGAUACAGCAGCAGCAACAACCGCAACAGCAAGGGAUCUUGGUUGGUCCUCCGGGUCCUAGUCCAAACGGACAGUCGACGUCCAACGCUAAUAUGGUGCCCAAUCCCGGGCUCAGUCCCUUCGGGCAGCCUCAGAUGUCACAGACCAACUUAACAACCACCACCGCCGCGUCCGCGACAACUAGUCAAUUUCCAACGUCUAAUGGCACUUCCGGUUUACCUAAUAGUUCUCCCAUUCAGAAUCAGCAUCAGUUCCCCGACCUCAUGAAAGUUAGAUUGGCUCAAGCUCAAGCUGCGCAACAGCAGCAACAACAACAGGCGGCUCAGCAGCAGCCGACGAGCACUUCGAGUCAGAGCACGCCAGCGACGUCGAUACCGCAAACACCCUCGCCAUUCAGCAGUAUGCAACAGCAACAACCACAGCAGCAAAAUACGCCGCAGCAGCCGCAGAGUCAACAGUUCGCCAACAACCGGCCGUUGUCAGCUUCUACACCCAGUGACAACGCCAUCGCCACGUCGACGCCGCAGACGAUACCUCCCCCUGCGUCCAGUGGACCGAGCCCGGGAACCGCGACAACGACCACCAACGGCCCUCAGUCCACCACUUCCACACCGAACACGCCGUUGGUCCCGUCACUUAUGACCCCGAAUCAGUCGGUCUCUUCCGCUAAUCAAACGCCGCCGCAUCCGGGCACGACGCCGUCGCCCGCCGGUCUCGCGAGUCUGGGCAAAGGUAUGACCUCGCAGGAGAGAGCGGCUUUGAACGCACCGAGAAGCACGUCCAUGUCGUCGCAGAUGGCCGCCAUCACGGCGGCCUUGGAUCGCGAUAAUUCGCCAAGUCCGCCGAUGAACAACAACAAGGGUAAACUGGACACGAUUAAGGAAGAGAAGGAAAUGAAAAUGGAGAUCAAGCAGGAUCCAACGGACGCCGAGAACCAUCGGAUGGACUGUGGCAAGAGCGUGAACAAUGAGAUCACCAUCAAGACCGAGAUCAAGACCGAGCCGAUGGAGGAAGACUCGAACGAAACGACGGUGAAAGAGGAACCUGCCAGCAUAAAGGAGGAGAGCAUGACUCCUAUGUCCGCUCAGGAUACGAGCGCCGCCGACAUCAAGCCGAUGGUGCCGGAACCGAUACAACCUAGCGGCACAUCGACCGACAAGAAGAAGUGCUUGUUCAAACCCGACGAGCUACGUCAAGCGUUAAUGCCAACUCUCGAGAAGCUCUACCGACAAGAUCCGGAAUCUAUACCUUUCCGGCAACCAGUAGACCCCCAAGCUCUGGGCAUACCGGACUACCCGACUAUCGUGAAGAAGCCCAUGGAUCUGUCGACCAUCAAAAAGAAACUGGACACGGAGAAGUACAGCGAUCCGUGGGAGUACGUGGAUGACGUCUGGAUGAUGUUCGACAAUGCUUGGCUUUACAAUCGCAAGACCUCUCGGGUCUACAGAUAUUGUACUAAGCUUUCGGAGGUGUUCGAGCAAGAGAUAGAUCCUGUCAUGCAAGCUCUCGGAUACUGCUGCGGCAGAAAAUACACGUUCAAUCCGCAGGUGCUUUGCUGCUAUGGCAAGCAGUUGUGUACGAUACCCAGGGAUGCGAAGUAUUAUUCAUACCAGAAUAGUCUAAAGGCAUAUGGUCUUAUUUCCGACAGAUACACCUUCUGUCAGAAAUGUUUCAACGACAUUCCUGGUGAUACAGUGACGUUGGGAGAUGAUCCGGCACAACCUCAAACUGCCAUCAAGAAGGAACAAUUCCAGGAGAUGAAGAAUGAUCACUUGGAAUUGGAACCUUUUGUUACCUGUACGGACUGCGGUAGGAGAGUACAUCAAAUAUGUGUACUUCAUAUGGAAUCAAUCUGGCCAUUAGGAUUUACCUGUGAUAAUUGCUUAAAGAAGAAAGGUCAGAAACGCAAAGAGAAUAAGUUUAACGCCAAACGAUUGCCCAUUACGAAACUCGGCACUUAUAUCGAGACGCGCGUGAACAACUUCCUCAAGAAGAAAGAGGCCGGUGCCGGUGAGGUCGCGAUCAGAGUGGUCGCGUCUAGUGAUAAAGUGGUUGAAGUUAAGCCCGGCAUGCGUAGUAGAUUUGUCGAAAACGGUGAUAUGCCCGGCGAGUUCCCUUAUCGCGCUAAGGCGUUGUUCGCAUUUGAGGAGGUCGACGGCACGGAUGUGUGUUUUUUCGGUAUGCACGUGCAAGAGUACGGGAGCGAAUGCACGCCGCCGAACACUAGACGAGUUUACAUCGCGUAUUUGGACUCUGUACACUUCUUCCGGCCUAGACAGUUUCGUACAGCUGUAUACCACGAGAUCCUUCUGGGAUAUCUGGAUUACGCGAAGCAACUUGGAUAUACCAUGGCGCACAUUUGGGCGUGUCCGCCUUCCGAAGGGGACGAUUAUAUUUUCCACUGCCAUCCCCAAGAACAGAAAAUACCAAAGCCUAAAAGAUUGCAGGAGUGGUAUAAGAAAAUGUUGGACAAGGGAAUGGUCGAGAGAAUCGUACUCGACUACAAGGAUAUCUUAAAACAAGCUAUGGAAGACAGGCUUUCGUCUGCGGCAGAUUUGCCAUACUUUGAAGGCGAUUUCUGGCCGAAUGUGUUAGAAGAGAGUAUUAAAGAAUUAGAUCAGGAAGAAGAAGAGAAGCGGAAGCAAGCUGAAGCGGCGGAAGCCGCCGCUGCGGCGGCAAACGCGAUAUUUUCGCUGUCUGAGGAUUCUGAAACUCCGGACGGCAAGAAGAAGGGUCAAAAGAAGGCAAAGAAAUCUAACAAAUCCAAAGCGAAUCAAAGGAAGAACAGUAAGAAAUCGAACACUCCUCAGACCGGAAAUGAUCUUUCCGCAAAAAUUUUCGCGACCAUGGAGAAACACAAGGAAGUAUUUUUCGUCAUCAGGUUGCAUAGCGCUCAAAGUGCAGCCAGCUUGGCACCGAUCCAAGAUCCCGACCCUGUAAUUAAUUGUGAUUUGAUGGACGGUCGAGACGCUUUUCUUACUAUGGCGAGAGAAAGGCAUUACGAAUUCUCGUCACUAAGGAGAGCGAAGUUCAGUUCUAUGUCAAUGUUGUACGAGCUGCAUAAUCAAGGCCAAGACAAAUUUGUUUAUACUUGCAACAAUUGCAAGAGUCACGUGGAAACUAGAUACCAUUGUACAGUUUGUGACGAUUUUGACUUGUGCGUUAGUUGUAAAGAGAAAGAUGGUCAUCCGCAUCCUAUGGAGAAACUCGGUUUUGAUUUGGACGAUGGUUCAUCGCCAGUCGAUGCCAAACAGACAAAUCCACAGGAAGCUCGGAAACUGUCGAUACAAAGGUGCAUUCAGUCAUUGGUGCAUGGUUGCCAGUGCAGAGACGCUAAUUGCCGUCUGCCAAGUUGCCAGAGGAUGAAGAGAGUGGUGAUGCACACGAAGAAUUGUAAGAGGAAGACGAACGGCGGAUGCCCGAUAUGCAAACAAUUGAUAGCGCUCUGUUGUUACCACGCGAAACACUGCCAAGAGAAUAAGUGUCUUGUUCCGUUCUGCUCUAACAUCAAACUCAAAAUUAAGCAGCAACAGCUUCAGCAACGGUUGCAACAGGCGCAAUUACUCAGGAGGCGAAUGGCUGUGAUGAACACGAGGCCGACUGGACCUAUGGCCGCGAUGCAGGCCGGACAACAGACCACGAACGUCGGUAUGGCGACCGGAGUCGCUAUGAAGCCCGGUGUCAGCGCUACGAACUUGCCGUCUCCGCAUCAGCCGGGUAUUGGUCUGAAGCCUGGCACACAAACACCGCCUGCUCACGUAUUGCAGGUGGUUAAGCAAGUACAGGAGGAAGCUGCGAGGCAACAAGUACCACACGUCAACUACGGCAAGGUUGCGCCGACCAGUGCAGUCGGUGUGGGGGUCGGCGUGGGUGGGCAAACCGGCGGUGUAAUGCCUCCGCCACCGAUGCAGCGACCGAUGCCGGUUCAGAUGGCGAAUCCUGGCGGCACGCAUCUAAUUCCAAUGGAUCAGUGGACGGCGAGUAGGUACCAACCGAAUGCAGUGAUGCAACAAAGCCCCGGCUUACGGCAGCAGACUCCGCAACUUAUACAGCAGCAGCAACAACAGCAUCAAACUCAGCCGGGAAUGGGAAUGAGCGCACAAAUACCACGUCAACAGGGCGUGAUCGGGCCGGUUGGACAGGUUGGUGGACCACAGGCUCAGAGCAAUAUGCAAAAGCACGCAUUGCAGCAGUUGAUGCAGACUCUUAGAAGCCCGCACACACCCGAGCAACAGAACCAAAUACUGCAAAUACUCAAGAGCAAUCCGCCGCUGAUGGCAGCUUUCAUCAAACAACGGGCGAAUGUCCAUCAGCAACAACCUGGUCAACAUGGCGCAGGAGUCGGCGGCCCAUUGGGCCCUAAUCAACCUCAACAACAACAACCUGGUUUGCAGCAUAUGAUGUCCCAACAGCAACAGCAGCAGCAGCAACAACAACAACAGCAGCAGCAGCAGCAGCAGCAGCAGCAGCAGGCUCAACAGCAGCAGCAGCAGCAAGGCAGACUGCAAAUACAGGCGAUGCUGACGCAACAGGCGCAACAACAGCAGCCGGUGCAGCCUCAGACCCAGUGGUACAAGCAGCAGAUGAUGGUGAUGCAGAGGCAACAACAGGCCCAACAGCAGGCGCAACAGCAGCAGCAGCAGCAACAACAGCAGCAGCAGCAGCAGCAACAGCAGCAGCAGCCGUUCACUCAACCACCAGCGCCGCCGUAUGGUCAGCAACGGCCCAUAAGGCCGUCUCUUCUCGGUAAUCAUACGAUCUAUCGUUGUACCAUAGAAAACGAGGCACGCAAGGCCAACGGAGCCCCGAUGAACAACACUAUGGGCUAUUUCGCGAAUUCAUCCCCAGGUUACGGUGGUUUCAACGAGCAAGGUUACGGUCAACCGGGCCUGAAACCAACUCCGCCACCCGUACCGUCACCACAGGGUGUGAUGGGACCUCCGGGGAUCUCCGUGCAGCAACAGCUGAUGCAAUCGGUCCGUUCUCCGCCGCCCAAUCGAUCUCCCCAGCCCAACCCCUCGCCGCGACCAGUCCCCUCACCCCGUAAUCAGCCGGUACCCUCGCCGCGUUCCGGACCGGUGCCAUCGCCGCACCAUCAUCCUCCGCACGGCACACCUACCCAUUCGCCCGCUCACGAGCUCGCCGGUCCAAGCGAGAUGAUGCUUUCGCAGCUGAGUGGCGCAGCCGGGGCGCCUGCCGGUCAUCCCGGCGCUAUGCCUCACCAUCCGUCACCGGCACCGGCGCCCUCGGCGAGCGGCACGGACUCCAGUGAGGUGACGCCGAUGACGCCACAAGACCAACUCUCCAAGUUCGUCGAGGGGUUGUAGUGACUGUUAGUGAUGGCGUCGGUCGAUGUAAGUGAAGACUCUCUUACGGCGCACGCUCGGGCGACGCGUAUCGUUUUCCGCUUCGCGUGUUAACCACGCGGAACGUCCGCGGAACAGGUCCAUAGAUACGGUCAGUCCGUCGCUCCUUCGCGCGCGCGCGAUACAGAGGGAAAGAAAGAACGAGAGACACCCACAACGUGCUCCGCGCUUUCGCCGAGUGACCGGGCACUGUCUGGUUGAACCCCAGACGUGCGUCGCGCUGUCCACGAUUCCAAAGAGCGCGACACACCCAGACGCUCGUUUCGCGUUCCUUCUCUUUCGAUUGUUCUUUUCACGCGGGUUCCACAGGUCGUAAGGGGAAUAGAGAGAGAGAGAGAGAGAGAGAGAGAGAGAACGCCACGUUGGUGCUGCUUCGAUGCUACGGCCCGGCUCAAAUAGGCUCGAGUGACUCGAGUCGUUUCGUCGUUCGUUCGGUCAGUCGGUCGGUCGGUCGGUCGGUCGGUUGGUCGGUCGGUCGGUCGGUCAGUCGGUCGGUCGGUCGGUCAGUCGGUCGGUCGGUCUCGUAGAGCGUGAGGGAGAAAAGCCAGUAGAGCGACGAAAAAAAGAAUUCAAGACUAAAGACAAAAUCGAGAGACUACUGUUAAGUUUCCCUCGUAAACCCUCCGAAACCCCUCCUUCCCCGCCACCACCACCACCAUCACCACACUUCCUCGCUGCUGCUCGCGCAGGCUGAGUGAAAUCGUACAAAUGUGUUGUGUAUACUUAACGUUAACUGAUAAUUAAUAGUUCAAAUACUAUUAGAGUGUAGUAAGUAUAUGCAAUGAUUAUACAACAACAUUAUUAUCGUAUCGAGAUGCGAGAUAUAUAUGAUGAGGAGAGAUGUAUGAAAGAUAAACGAUAUAGGGGAACUACUAGUGUUGUAUGUAUGGGAGAGAGGUGAAGCAGAGAAUCUAGUUCGUUAAGUAAUAUGUUCAUUUAAGGAAAAUCUUGUUAUUAAGAGGAUCCCGAAAUGGGCCGCCGAAGGUUAACAUGUACCUUAGCGCCAUGAAAUUUUAUGAAUUACGUCGCGGUACUCGCAUUCUCGAGCGCGCGAAAUCGCCGAAAUCGAGAAUGAUGGUGAUUCUCUUGACAGAACGUAUUAAGCAUAAACACGAAUUAACGUUAUCGCAACCAAAAAAUAGAAAUUCACAACAGGCCGCUAUCUGCGUUGGGAGGAUUUAUAAUGAAUGUUACUUUUGAUGAUGAGAGGAUUGAGAGAAAAAACAGUUUUUCCACAGUUGAGGGUCCAUGCGUGUACAGUCCAAUCAAAAUGUAGCUACGAAAGCGUAUCCGAUACGGGCCCUCGCGUGAAAACCGCUCUGUACAUAUUGCAUUAUUACUAUAUUAUUAUAUUAUUAUAUAUUAUUAUUUUAAUAUUAUUAUUAAUAUUAUUAUUAUU